AUGAGCCGGCUCCUCUGUUGUCUGCGCGUGCGCCGCCCCGACAUGGGCGCUGCGCUGUCACACCCCCAGGAGGGCGAGGCGUGUGACGCCGGCGUACCUCCCUCCCCACCCACCAUGGCUGACGUCAUCAGGGAACGUAAGAAAAAGGCCGGUGGAGCUGGCUUGGGGACUCUGAGGAGGAGGCUGGCCGCGGCCACACGCAGGCCGAGAGACGCCCGGCCUGAUAGAGGUUGCGAGCAUGCCCGUUUCAUACGUUCGGUGGUUUCCACCUGGAGAUUAUCCGAGGUUUUUUUACUUCGUGAGGAACUUGAAGCGGGUGCAGCCCUACGGGACCUUGCGACCCAGGCCGAAUUAGCUCGAGAACCGGCCCCAGCUUUACACGCGGACCUGCUAGACCUAUAUCGAGAGAGGUGGUGGUGUGACGUGGAGCUAGUAGGGAAAGGCUUCGCGCUAUCAGCACAUAGAGUUAUAUUAGCGGCCCGGUGCUCAUACUUCAGAGAUCUGCUCAUGAGAUAUCCCAAUUCGUGCCGUGUGCCGCUGGAGGGCGCUGGUGGGUCCCUGCCGCGCGAGGAGCUCGAGGCAGCCGUGGUAGUCAUGUAUGCGGGGCCCGGAGCGAUCAGGAACGGAGGCAGAUGUGACGCGUGCUGCAAGUGGGAGCGAGGCUCGGAGGUCGAUUUGGACAUCAUCAGCGUGGAGAACUCAACAAUUGGUCGUUGUACAUGCGCCCGUGCACGUCGCGUGGACCCCUCCAGACUCCGUCGCCUGGCAGACCUGCUGGGGUUCACUCCGGACGGGCUCUAUAGAGACAUGAAGUAUCUGUUGGACUCGGGUGAGCUGUGUGACGCUCGUCUGUCGUGGUCGGUGGAGAGUGAGGGUGCGGAGGGUGACUGCGAGGGUGCGGAGGGUGAGUGUGAGGGUGCGUACGGGUUCAGGAGCGCCAUGGAGCUGCCCUGCCACAGGCUCGUGCUGGCUGCCAGGUCCAGGUUCUUUAGGAGUGUAAUGUCUCGUCGCGGCGCGUGUUCGGGCACCGUGUGUGUUGACGAACGUGUUCUACCGAGGAGGUUCGCGAGGGCCUUACUACACGCGGCGUACACCGACCAGGUGGACCUCUCUCUGAUAUCAAAGAGCAACUCCAACACAGCCUCUGGCUCGGGAACGUUGCGUGGUUCCCGCUCUAGUCUAGAGGAUGCGUUCCGUCUGUACGAGUUGGCUAGGUUCUUGGAAAUGCCGAUAGCAGCGCAGGGAUGCGAGGACGCGCUGGCUCGAGCUCUGACGGCUGAUACGCUGCCGGCAAUUAUUAGAUGGAGCGGGGCGAAACAUGCGUCGGCCUGGGUGCAUCGUCAAGCGACCCGCUACCUCCGCGACGAGUUCCCGUCCAUCAUGUCCCACUCGGGCUCCGCGCGCGUCCCUCGGGCUGCGCUGGCGGCCGCGCUCGCCUCGCCCUUCCUGCAGGCGAGCGAGGCGCAGGCGCUGCGGGCCGUCAUGAGGUGGGCCGAGAGGGCCGCGCCCGCGCAGACGUGCAGUGAGCCGAAUAUAGUGUGGCACACGAGGAGGGACGGCAGAUCAAGGAGACGUCGCCGCGGGCCGGCGGACGAGGCGCUGCGGGAGGCGGCCGCCGCACUGGUGCCGCUACUACGGCUGGAGCACCUGCCGCACGACUGUGACCUGCUGCAACAGGCUGUCCGUCGCGGGCUGGCCGUAGCCCCGGGCGCCGUGGGGGCGGAGGCCUGGCUCGCUCAUAGACCGCCGAGGUGCUUUCUGCCCUACCUCGAUGAGAUCAAGGCGUUGCUCGAAGACCAAGAGGUACCCGAGGCGGAGCUGGCCCGUGCUCGGCGACAGCGGUACGCUCACCGAAUACCUGACACACUGUACAUGGUGACGACACAUAGGGCCAGGCACGACCCGGACGCCAGCAGCACGUGUAGUACAGAGGGUGUCCGCGCGUGCGUGCCCCCGCGCCUCAUGUACUCCCUCAGGGCGAGGCUUCACGAACUGAGAGCCGCUCCGCCCGCACAGAGGGCGCUGAGGUUACACGCGGCGGACACCACGCCCGUCAACAGACAGUUGGCCCUGAGAGCUGUCCGGGAACGAUCACUACCUGACGCUGUGGCAGAGCUGCUGCUCAACGACGAAGACGACAGGGAGGUGUCUGUACAGGCGGCACCCGGCAGGAGCGACGUGGACGAGGACUGCUGCAGGUCAAACUCGGGGUCAUUGAGGUGUGGUUCUACAACCACUCAUACCUCUAUAGAGAGUCGACCGGGAACAUACCGCAGGGAACUACCGGCCAGGCCGAUAGAGACACAUCAUAGGAGCGGCAGUUGGUCGGGAGGACGCCUCUCAGCGGCGGUCCCGGACGUGGCGAUGGCUCCUAACGCGAACACUCACCUACUGACGGCCAGGGACUACCCGCAGAUACACGCGCCCAUACACACACACACACACGCGGCGCAGAGAGAUAACAACAUCACGCUGCCCGGGUCGCGAGCACAGAGAGCAGCUAUAGAUGCGAGGCGGAGAGAAACACAGGGUGAGCACGACGAACUGCGGGCAGCGAUAGAGUUAUCUGUCAUAAGAGCGUACUCCUCGCUUCAAGCUGCUAGGAGAAGUGGAGUGAAUGGAACAGAGUUCUCAACGUCCAGACCCCGCGCUACUCCCAGUCCUUCUCUGGCUGUGGCUGGACCCAGGAGGAGGGAGAGGCAACCGCCCCCUCGGCCGUGUCCCCAGCCCGUGGGGCGCAGUCCCAGCCCGCGACGGAGCCCCGCCGCUUACGGACAGAGGGACUAUCGUGCCGAGGGCGCGUACAGCCGCAGCAGAGGACACAGCCCCGCGUACACGUGA